ACUAUUCUCUUUUGUUUCUUUCUCUCUAGACUUGUCACACAUUCUCUCUCCCUCUCUCCCAUCUCUCUCUCUAUCUCUCCCAUAUCUCUCUCUAUUUCUCCCUCUCUCUCCCAUCUCUCUCUCGUUACAACCCUCCCUCCUCUACUAUAUUCUGUUAUAUAUACUACACAACAUCCUUACAAGAUACUAGCUAGUCUACUUGUUGGAGUAUUUAACAAACCUUGAUGGCCUUUUGAUGAUGAACCCCUCCUCUCAUCUCUGUGAGCUUCCUUCUUCUAUCUUCCCUCUGAAUACACUAUGAGGAGUUUCAGGCAAUGGGUUGUCAUAUUUGCAUCAGGAAAUGAAGGAGAGACAGCGUUGGCGUGCUGAGGAGGAUACAUUGUUACUUGCAUACGUUAGACAAUAUGGCCCUAGAGAGUGGCACCUUGUGUCACAGCGCAUGAACACACCCCUUGAUAGAGACGCAAAGUCUUGCCUUGAGCGGUGGAAGAACUAUCUCAAACCUGGUAUUAAAAAGGGAUCACUUAGUGAAGAGGAACAACGCCUUGUCAUUCGCCUUCAGGCUAAACACGGUAACAAAUGGAAGAAAAUUGCGGCUGAAGUCCCUGGUAGAACAGCCAAGAGAUUAGGUAAAUGGUGGGAAGUGUAUAAGGAGAAACAACAACGAGAACAGAAGGAAACUAACAAGAUUAUAGACCCUGCAGAGGAUAACAAAUACGAUCAGAUUCUUGAAACAUUUGCAGAGAAACUAGUUAAAGAGCGUCCACCUCAAUCUGUAUUUAUGACUACUUCAAAUGGGGGAUUUCUUCACUCAGAUUCAUCGGCGGCUCCUCAAAAUUCAUUGCCUUCAUGGCUUUCAAAUACAAGCGCCCCUUGUAAUGUCAGGCCAGCAUCUCCUUCAGUGACAUUAACUCUAUCUCCAUCAACAGCGCCACUUCCAUCUUCAGUCUCAUGGCUACAGCCCGAAAGGGGACAUGAGAAUAUGCCUAUGAUGUUUGGCAAUUUGCCAUCUCAAGGAGUGCCUCCUCCUCCACGUGGAGAUAAUAGGCUGGUGUCUGACCUUCUGGAAUGUUGCAGAGAAUUGGAUGAAGGGCACCGUGCUUGGGCAGCUCACAAGAAGGAAGCAGCUUGGAGGCUGAAGAGGGUGGAGCUGCAACUGGAAUCAGAGAAGACGUGUAGGAGGAAGGAGAAAAUGGAUGAGAUUGAAGCAAAGGUAAAAGCUCUAAGAGAAGAGCAGAAAGUCACUUUGGAUAGAAUUGAAGCUGAAUACAAGGAACAAUUAGCUGGAUUGAGAAGAGAUGCUGAAGCUAAAGAACAAAAAUUAGCUGAUCAGUGGGCUGCAAAGCACUCGCGUCUUACCAAGUUUCUUGAGCAGAUGGGAGGACACCGAUCUUGCUGAGCUUCAAUGCCGGUAACCCACACUAGAUGAUGUCGAAACAGUGUUGAUAUCGUCAUAACCUGAGCCGGAUGACACUCCAGCAACCAGCAUUUGCUGAUUUCCAUUGACAGACACCAGUAAGCUAUUACAUGCAAAGAUUGUGGCCUUGUCAUUAGAAGUUUUAAUAGCUCCAUGUUAUGUAUGGUUCUGUAUGAAUAAUAUGAAAAUUUGGCUUAUCGUUAAUUACAUGGCA